AAAGAUGACGCUGAAUGCUUGCUUAUCGUCUGGGAGACUUAAAGAGACAGCAAGACCUAGCGAGGGAGAAGAGAUAAAAUCUCUUAAAUAUAUGACCAUGUUGAUACGUCCACUUUGAAAAUACACGUUGACAGAUAUCCAACUUAACAGAACUCUACUGCAGUAUCUCAUCAUCAUUGUUGACUGCCUCCACCAUUGCCUCUUCCGCCGUGGCACUGGAACAUGAAAAAUGUCUGCUGUAUUACCAAAGAGUGACCAGAAGGACGCAAUGAGGGGCUCCGGGGAAAGUUGCCAAGCUGCGUUGUGGAUCCAGUAGCUGGGAUUCCAAGUGCUUGUUGUGUUUGUGUGUGCGUGGGUGCAUGCUAGCACAACCUGCCCACUUCAGGCCGGGACAUGCUACUCUGAGACUGGAGUUGGACAAACAGAGAAGAAAGGAGUCGACCACCAUAAACAAGAAGGGGACAGUACAACAUUGGCAGAUAGACAUACUGUGUGUUUUGGUUGCAGUUUUACCCCUGUGGAAGUGGCUUUUAAUACACUGCAUAUUUCUAUACAACACCUUUCCUCUGUCUUUGUAUUGCCUUCCCCCUCCCUUAAGAGUCCUGGUUGUUUUGGCCCCUCUGUGAUUUGCAUGGCCGGAGAGUAAUCGUGGAGAGGCCAGGGUAUCACAAGCUUAUGGAUUUUGACAAGAAGGGGAGUAAAGGAGAGACAGAGGAAGGGAAAAAGAUGUCUAAGGCAGCUGGCAGCAGGACUGGACAUGGGGGCCGGGGUACAGGGACCAACUCUGGGGUUCUUAUGGUUGGCCCAAACUUCCGUGUCGGAAAAAAGAUUGGCUGUGGCAAUUUUGGAGAGCUGCGGCUGGGGAAGAACCUCUACACCAACGAAUAUGUGGCCAUCAAAUUGGAACCGAUAAAGUCCCGGGCUCCACAGCUUCACUUGGAAUAUAGAUUUUAUAAACAGUUGGGAAGUUCAGAGGGUAUUCCUCAGGUGUACUACUUUGGGCCAUGUGGGAAGUACAAUGCCAUGGUGCUGGAGCUGCUGGGGCCCAGCCUGGAAGACCUGUUUGAUCUCUGUGACCGCACCUUCUCCCUCAAGACCGUCCUCAUGAUAGCCAUACAGCUGAUAACGCGGAUGGAGUUUGUCCACACAAAGAGCUUGAUAUACAGAGACGUGAAGCCAGAGAACUUUUUGGUGGGGCGGCCGGGCAGCAAGAGGCAGCACACAAUCCACAUCAUCGACUUUGGGCUGGCCAAAGAAUACAUCGACCCCGAGACCAAAAAACACAUCCCGUACCGGGAGCACAAGAGCCUGACAGGCACGGCGCGCUACAUGAGCAUCAACACACACCUGGGGAAAGAGCAAAGCAGACGGGAUGAUCUGGAGGCUCUGGGUCACAUGUUUAUGUACUUCCUGCGAGGCAGCCUUCCCUGGCAAGGCCUGAAGGCAGACACUUUGAAGGAGAGGUAUCAGAAGAUUGGAGAUACCAAGCGAGCUACUCCAAUUGAAGUGCUUUGUGAAAGCUUCCCUGAAGAGAUGGCCACCUAUCUGCGUUACGUGAGGAGGCUGGACUUCUUUGAGAAACCUGAUUAUGACUACUUACGGAAACUCUUUACUGACCUCUUCGAUAGGAACGGCUAUGUCUUUGAUUAUGAAUACGACUGGGUCGGCAAGCCACUUCCUACACCGAUAGGCCCCAUCCCCAGUGACACACCCGCUCAGCCCAGCAGAGACAAAGCACAACAGCAGACCAAAAACCAGUCUCCUGAGCCCAAAGGAGAUGAGUCUCAGCGUCAGCCCUCUCCAAUGACCAAUAAGGAGACACUGGGGUCGUAUCUCACGGCCGAAAGGCUGGGGGGCUCUGUGCAGGUGAUGAGCUCGACAAAUGGAGAGCUGAACACUGACGACCCGACGGCAGGACACUCCAACGCUCCCAUCACUGCUCCCACCGAGGUAGAGGUGGCUGAUGAUACAAAGUGCUGUUGUUUCUUCAAAAGGAGAAAGAGGAAACCCCUCCAGCGGCACAAGUGAAGAGAAGAACUUGAAACAUUCUGGUCACUGUCAAGUUUUAAAUGGAAGCAACUACACAGAUCACCCAUCUUAUCUCUUUCCCAAUCUCUCUUCUCUCUUCUCUCUCUCAGCGCUCCCCUGCUACAGACGUGUAAAGGAAUGUUGUCUUACAGACUCUGGCUCCUUUAAAAAAAGAAAAAGAAACAUUUUAAAGUACCUGCAUAGUAAAGGGAGAUUGAGAGAACGUUAAAAGCUGUAAAAAUGAAACGUGAAUACCGUGACGUGAAUAUAUAAAAAAGAUACUGUUUGAAACAGUUGUUGUAUUUUAGAUUCCAUACAGAACAUUUUCUGUUCAACAGCCAUUGAUCUGAGGGAACUGUCAAUGAGUCGAGGGAAAGAAGUCUGUUCUAUAGAAAUAGUCCUUUAUUUAUGGGAUCAAGGUAAGAAGCAAGAAUGAACAAUACUAACUCUGGAAUCACUGAGYGCAACAGGAAGCAUUUCAUCUAAACCAGAAUUGGAGGAUCUUUAUGCAUUUUUUCCCCCUUUUUUUGUAAUUUAAUCCUCAGUAGUUUUCAAAGUUGACUUCCUGGAUUGAAAACAAACUUUUACUUUUAUGUUGUAGUGUUUCUGGAAAUCUUUGUAGCACAGUCACUGGCCUCAGGUACUGUGGAAGAUUGAAAGAAACAGAUAUUAAGCUCUUUUCUUAUUAUUGCACUUUUGAAAGAAAAAAAAGUACAGUGGAAUUCUAGGUUUGAAAUUAACAGACAAGAAAACAACAAAAUAAAGACUGAUCUAGGAAUAGUCCUAUACAAUGCUUAAAUCWGAGUAAGGGCCAAAAUGUCAAUCUACAUGAAACAAGAUGUCUUUCAGUUUUAUUUCUUACAUCAGAAUAAUUUACCAGGAAAUCAUAGUUUGUGCCUUUCCAAGUAAAAUGUUUAAAGCUCAAGUAAGUGUCCUGCAAUGACAUUCUAUCUGAACUUAUUCCAAAUGUUGCUCAUUGA